AUGAGAUUGCGUGCGGCGUGGAAGAGUGAAAAAUGGAAAAGUUUUGGGGGGGCGACUGAGCGUGUUGGCGGGGUCGUUUCUGGCGUGGUUGUACCCAUUGUAAGCGAAUUGGCGCGGUGCCAUUGGGCGGCGGCGCGCCUCAUGCAAAGGAAGCGCGCAUAUCCCACGCCUGCUACUAACUCCUAUCCACUGCCCUUCUCCCCGUGCGCAACCCCUUUCCUCAAUACGUUAACCACACCUCACCUCCCCACCGAUUCUCCUCGACCCAUUCCCAAAUAUCCCCACCGCGUGCAUGAUCCUACGAUGGCUCCCAUUACUGCCAUUCUAGGAAUCGUCUCCAACGAACCAGCACUAUGUCGCUGGCUCCACAGCCACGAUCCCGACCGCGACAUCAGCACAGACCUCCUCAGAUCUUCAGCGACCUACAUAUCCAAGUCCCCCUCCCCUCACGCCUUUGCAGCCACGGGCUCCCCAGUCGCCCCCACUGCUUCCCUUAUUGUACCCAUGUACGCACGCAAGCACUUUGUCCUCGGCCAGCUCUACGGCCCAAGGCCCUCCACCACCGCCGACGGUACCGAUAGGCUCUCCUCUCCAGGCUAUUCCCCACCGCCGCGAACCAUCUGUCGUCGCUUCGUCGUCGACCUCUCGUUUCCAGAUGCCCUCGCCUUUCUGGAGUACGAAUGGCUUGACGACGGCAAGCUUUGCGUUUCCAUGCAUAACAUCACCCAGGAUGGCCACUAUGAAGCAGAGUCUCUCAUACUCGCCUAUGCCGACCGCGACCACAAAGGCGUGUUCCUCUCCCAGGACAACCUGCUCAGCAAGCAUCGCCCGGAACACCCCAAGAAGGUCAUCAUGAAGAUUCGCACUCACGAAAUUUCGAGUUGCUCCAUGUGCGAACCAGAGGGCAUAGUCAAGUGCCAAUGCGAGCCGUCUACGUAUUCGUCUCCCCACAAUCCCAAAAGGUUUGAGCUGCCUCACAACUGGGAAACAUGGCUGGCAGCCUUCACGAAGUCGCGCACAGGACCAGCCAAGAUGAAGGUUUCAUACAAGAUUAUCUCCGAGCAAGGCAACCGCGAGGGCACGGGAAAGUUCGCCUUGGAACAGAAUUGUGAGCUCGGCGUUGAGGCUAGGUCUCCUAUCGGUAGCGAGCUUUUCAAGAUGUUCUUCGAGUCUACGGAUAUGAUUCUUUCAAGUCCACGCACUGACGAUACUGUCCGUUCGGCGGAAGAAAGACGCGACCGCAGGAUCCUUGGCAUAAUCGAAUCCGAGGAUGAAGAUUGGACUGCAACAAACAGUGCUGGCAUCGUGGACGUGAAGGAGGAGAAUAUGGUCGAGCACCACUCCGAAGAUUUCACUAUAGAGGAGCAACCUGUCGAUUGUGUAGAGAAACCAAUUUUGUGUGAUCCCGAUCUCGAUCCUCGAGUUCAGACGACCGCAUCGACAACGACAAAACGCCGUCUCAUCACUGUACGAGCCAGCGGUGGCCGAACAAAUCACUCGUGGACUACUUGUGUUGGGACAGAGGCCACGUCCGACGCGCACUCAACAGCAAUGAGUCGCGGCGCGCCAAACGUGAUAAGUCAUGGCGUAUCGGACAUCAUCGGUCAGAGCUCCGAUGCGAUGACUCAUAGCGUAUCCAAUGUCAUCAGUCAAAGCGUAUCGAACAUAAUGAGUCAUGGCAUUUCAAACGUCACCAUGAGUCAUGGCGUUCGAAACGUCGAAGGACAACGGCAUAUUCAGAAGAAUACUAACACAACAAAACGGAAAGGGAAGCAGAAACAAAAGCUCUUUAUUUGCGAUUGCGGCAGGACUUUUCGGCACAAAGGCCACUACAACGAGCAUCGCCUCUGUGUGCAUGAAAAAGUUCGGCAGCAUAAGUGCAGUUUUCCGAACUGUGAAAGCCGGUUCUUCAAAAAGUCUGACAGAGAUCGACACAUGCGUUCGAAACAUGAUUCGACUUUUGCUAUAACAUGACGAAAAACAUGACGGUGGUCCGCAUGUGCGUGACGUACUUGAGAUCCUUUUUCGAUAUUUGGAUAUAGAGUCCGGCAAGCACAUGUGCACGGCAACGCAAUGUGAAUUGUCCGUCUUGCAAGUGCUCAAUGAUCUUGCAAGUGCUCAAUGAUCUUGCAAGCGACAUCAACCAGACCUUUUUUGCCUCUAACCCUACCUGCAAAGGAAUAUAUUGUAAACGAGUAACUUGCAAUCUCAUCUUU